AUGUCUUCCCAACGCCCCUUUUUCCUGUCCACCUUCUUUGCCGCAUUCCGUCAACAACCGCCCUCGGCCCUAUCAGCACAACAACCAAAUAAGCACACCACUCAGGCUUCCUCAGGAGUAGGAUCAUCGUCUACCGCCACGCCACGAUCGAUAUCCGCCUCGGCCACGGCCGCGCAAUCACAGGCUACUUCGCCUUCGACGUCAACAUCUGCCUCCCGAACAGGGGUCAUUGGACAGCUGCCACUGCACUCCCCACGACAUCACCAUACCGCUGGCAUACCCAUUCCGCACUCGGGAGGAAGACGGCGAGGAAGCGACAGCAGCAGUGAAGGGUUUCGAGAUGCACUAGGGACAGAGAAGCUGUAUAUUGGUGGAAGAACCGCCACAGGGGAAGAAAAGUUCUUCAAACUGGGUGUUGUACGAAGGGUCCGGAGUGGGGAUAGGCUCUCGUUGGACAGACUAAGCCUAUGA